GACCAAAGAAUUACUGUGAGUGCAUCAAAUCCGACAAGAUGGAAGCCUACCAACUGGAAAACUUCAUCGAUAAAGAUAAACUUGCUCCCCUCACAGAAAGACGAGAAAAGGAGUUCAGAGAUUAUCAAAGAAGAUAUUCCUUCGUGAAUAAAGAUGUCCUUGUUGCUCAGCCAAACAUUCCUUUAAGCUAUCCCAUACAAGGAGCUGAGGUGAUGCCUCUGCACACCAUUGUGAUUCCAGGCCUUGGUUUCCAUGGAGCAAGUACAGAAGGACACAAGGUGAUUCUUCAGGCAUCCUUUGGUGGGCUGAAUACUCUUGCUGAUGUUUCUGAAGAUGUGGUGCAGGGACGAGGGGAGAAAGAACUGAUUAUCUCCACUGCCCAUGUGGCACUGCUGAAUCACAUCUUGCAGCAUGUCACAUACACAAGUACAAAAUACCUACUUGAUGUAGUGGACAUGGUGAGCUUCCGAAUUGGAGCCCAUCAUGUGAAGUUUCCUGUGACCAUCCAGCAACCACGCCUUCCUAAACUGUUUGACCCAGGACCAGAGAACAACAUUCGCAAUCUGGUGACCAUCACGACGAAGACUUUCUUGCGCUACCACAAGCUGCGGGUUCUCAUCAAGAGCAUACGGCAAUAUUACCCAGAUAUAACAAUCAUUGUGGCAGAUGACAGUGAACAUCCAGAGACAAUUCAAGAAGCUAAUGUUGAACACUUCAUCAUGCCCUUUGGAAAGGGCUGGUUUGCAGGAAGAAACUUGGCUAUCUCCCAAGUCACAACCAAAUACUACCUCUGGGUAGAUGAUGACUUCUCAUUCACUGAGAAAACCAAGAUUGAGAAACUGGUGGAUGUGUUAGAGAACACCGACUUGGAUGUGGUUGGAGGCAGUGUGGACGGAAACGAUUACAAGUUUAAGAUCAUCGUUGAGGAAGGAGAGGGAAGCGGCUGCGUGCAUCUCAGACACGGCUCUUACCAUCCUUUGGAAGGCUUUCCCAACUGUGUAGUCACCAGUGGUGUGGUCAACUUCUUUCUUGCUCGUACAGAGGAGAGCAGAAGUAUUGGAUUUGAUCCAAAGCUGCUGAGAGUAGCCCACCUAGAAUAUUUUAUGGAUGGACUGGGAAGCUUACGGGUCGGCUCUUGCAGUCAUGUUGUCGUGGGUCACCAGCCACACAGGCCUGCAACAGACCCAAAGGACCGUCAUAUUGAGGAAGUGUAUGGAAGAUUCCGGACCAAGACAGAGAAAGAGACCCGGUUUAAGCUGGCUUUACAUUACUUUAAGAACAGGAUGAAAUGCUUCACAAAGGGAUGAUGACAACCAUUGUCCAACUUUGUUGCUCGUCUUAUGGCUCCCCAGAUCUGACACUUUGGGGCAACACUGGACUGAGCUCAGACUGUGAUCUUGUUUUAAGGACUAUUAUUUUCCUGGAGCCAGACUCUGACAGAAUUCUAGACUUGGUGAAUAAAGACUGAUGUUUAUAGUUCUGGAGUUUCCCUCCGUGGAAAUUUGUGCAGCCGGAUCAUGAAACAGGAGUCUCACUGCUUUUCCUUCCCCCCUGGUUCCUUAAGCAAUUACCUCUAGAUACUUAACAAACCUGUGAUUUUUGUGUGGCAAUGGAGAAGCCAUCUUGUACAUGCUGCAUGUAAAAGACAUGGUAACACAAGAGUGAUCAAAUGUGACCAAAUGUGGUAUUGUGGUAUGUUUCUAUGUAGGAUACUCCAUUCCUUCCCAUUACCCUUCCUAUUGUGUCCCUUCCUCACCAACCUCAGACAGACAGCAUUAUUUGUUCUUGACCCUUAGUGGGCUCUGAUGUGAUGUGAAAGGAUUACCUCUUUGGGUCUCAUUCCCUAUAAAGUUUGACUUUGCACUUUCUCAGAAACCGGCAAUCCCCCAAACCUAUAUUUGCUUCUGUCUUGCGUGUAAAUCGCACGUUUUUCAACUGCACCAGGAUCGAUAUCUAAGGAAUAUGUGGGCUUUACACAAUACAAAAGCAAGGGCAGGCAAUACCUUUAU